AUGGACCGUGGCCUCCCUUGCAGCAGCAAGAUUUGCGCUCAGCGGGAUCAGGAGCGUAGGUUGGAAUCGCACGUCCACAGGCUGCGCAAAAUAAAACCGAGUGUUGACACAUCGUUGCCCAGGACUCUCCGGUUGACGCACGUGCAUGGCAAUCUUAAGAAAGAGCAGAUGCAAGAGGAACGGUACACAGAAAUCGACCGCGAGAAUCGCAUCUUGCUGCAAAAGAUGGCCAACAUCAUGAAGCAACCGCUGUCCAAUAGUGGGCCUACGACGCCUCGCGAACCGCGAAGCCUGUCAGCGGUGCCCCCCCGCAGCCUCAACAGUAACGCACGCAAGAAGGAACUCCUGCGCAUCACAAAAGAGAACCAGAUGAUUCUGAAGCGGAUCCAGCAGGCGCAGCCCGUCUACAACCACGUCGAGUGGGAGGGAUUGAACCGCCGAAACCUUGCGUACUUGAAGAAUAGCGCGGAGUACCCGCUGGUGCUGCGCUCUGCACGCGGAGGCAGGACAGCGGAGCUGACGCGGCUGGACGGGAUUGACCAGGGAGGCACGAUGAGCGCCAGGAGCGCACCGCUGCCAGAGUCGUCGGCGAGGCGAGCACCUGGCCGUGCCGACGGCACAAGCAGACUGGUGCUGAGCGGGAAGAUGGUCCUCGACGUCGAGGGGGCUGGCGCCGCCUCCGGCCAGACCACGUUCCUCGUGAAAAUGUUGACGGACGGGCGCUCGCUGCGGAUCUCGGUUCUCGACGAGGACUCGCAGGUCGCCUUGGACCUCGCUGUGAGCGAGACGAGCCACCGCAAGCUCCUCAGUGAGGCCAACGGGGACUACUCCCGCAUCGCCCAGAGCCUGCAGGUGCUCGGCGGCCGGCUGGUGCUGGACGCGCCCGCGGCCGUGCAGCCGGUGCUAGCGCAACAGCCGCUGGUGCAGCAGCAGCCGCUGCCGCAACGGGCAUGGCAGCCGGCGGAGGAGCUGGAGGAGACCCCGAGCCAAGUGGAGCCAGAGGUGGUGGCCACAGCGCCGAAGGCGAAGACUCCAACGCCGCCGCCGUCUAGGCCAGCAUCCAGGGGCAGUGGCCCAGUGGCGGUGCCCAGCUCGCGUCGGUCGAGCGGGCAAUCACAGACGAGGCCUGCGUUGAUCUCGGCGGCCAAGCAACAGGAUGAUGACGAAUUGGACGCCGCUGGCAUGUGCAGAGCAAAGUCGAAGACUCCAACGCCACCGCCGUCCAGGCCAUCGUCCAGGACGCCGACGGAGGAGAUGGAGGAGACUUCGAGCCAGGCGGAGGCCGCCGCCGCGGCCACGAGGAUCCAAAGCAUGCACCGCGGCAAGGUUGCGCGCAUGCAUUGCGACAAGUGGCGCAGCGGCAGGCCGAGCGCCAGUCGCACGCUGCGGCCGACAGGGAAGCGGCAGCCGUUCGGGCGGAGCUGGCGAGGCAGGAGGACGCAGCGGCGAUCAGGAUCCAGAGCAUCCACCGCGGCAAGGCCGCCCGGAGGCGCGCCGCCGAGGAGGCGCAGAAGCGCGCAGCCCCCGCGGAGGCAGCGCCGGCGGAGGCCGCCGCCGCGGCCACGAGGAUCCAAAGCAUGCACCGCGGCAAGGUUGCGCGGCGACAAGUGGCGCAGCGGCAGGCCGAGCGCCAGUCGCACGCUGCGGCCGACAGGGAAGCGGCAGCCGUUCGGGCGGAGCUGGCGAGGCAGGAGGACGCAGCGGCGAUCAGGAUCCAGAGCAUCCACCGCGGCAAGGCCGCCCGGAGGCGCGCCGCCGAGGAGGCGCAGAAGCGCGCAGCCCCCGCGGAGGCAGCGCCGGCGGAGGCCGCCGCCGCGGCCACGAGGAUCCAAAGCAUGCACCGCGGCAAGGUUGCGCGGCGACAAGUGGCGCAGCGGCAUGCCGAGCGCCAGUCUCAGGCGCUGGCGGAGACGCCUGAAGCGAAGACGCCGACGCCGCCGCCGUUCAGGAACAGCCGCUCUGCGAGGCCCAACUCGCGUCUUUCGGGUCGCCGCUCACAGACGAGGCCUACAUCGAGCCUCUCGACGGCCACGCAGGAGGACGACGAGUUGGAUGCUGGCCCAUGUAGAGGGUCGGUGUUACAGACGCUGGUGACCCGCCGUGGCCUGCACGCAGAGGUAAACAUCACGUACGACCCACCGGAAACCGACGAGUGCGCCGACGUGAAGGUCCUUCUUCGUGGUACGACGCCAUCCCCGGACAUCCUGUUGGGGCGCGCCUGAGGGCGGCUCCCGAGCAGGUCCGUUGUUUGACCGAUGUCUGAUCGGCCACGGUUUUUCCCCAGGCUCUGCCUGCUCUGUCCGAAUGUCGUCGCAUGCUCCUCUUCCAUUCCAGACCUCGGGCGUCGUGGCUUUUCUUCCCGAUGUGGGCCACUGGAGCACUCGACCACAUCACCAGGACCGGUCUUCCGUCGCAGGUCGUCCUUGGGUGGCCCUGAGGCCCGAGAGCGGCCCGUGCGCGCAGAGGCUGCCAAAAGAAGAUGCACGACUGCUUUUGCCAGGCGAAGCCCGAGGACUGGGUCCCUGAGAGGAUCCCCUCCGAGAGGGUCCCCUAUCGCAGAGGAUCCUUCAGGUAGUUAUGCACUAGGCUGCCUGCCACUCCUGGCAACCUUGACGCACCGAUCCGAUCCUUCGGCUCCACGCCCGUUCUUCUGCUUGCCUCGCCCUUCCUUGCAG